CUCCUUAUUCCCAGCUAUUAUAGAAUGGCAUUAUCUAAUAGUCCUUCAGGAUUGAAUUCGCUGUACUCGACGACAAUGACCAAAUCAGCCCCAAGUAAAGGAAUUCAAAUUGCCAUCGAUAGAGGUGGAACUUUUUGUGAUGUUAUCGCCAAAAUACCGGGUCAGUCCGAUUAUGUUUUUAAAUUACUAUCUGUGGAUCCUAACAACUAUAAAGAUGCCCCAACUGAAGGUAUACGUCGUGUUUUAGAAAGGGCACACGGUAUAAAAAUCCCUAAAGAUGAAAAAUUAAAGUUAGAUUCCAUAUCCAGUAUUCGUAUGGGUACAACUGUGGCUACUAAUGCUUUAUUGGAAAGAAAGGGAGCAAAAGUGGCCUUAAUAACAACUAAAGGUUUCAAAGAUGUGUUGGCUAUUGGGAAUCAAACAAGGCCUAACAUUUUUGAUUUGACUGCUAAAAAACUAGGUCACUUAUAUGAAGAUGUUAUAGAAAUUGAUGAGAGAGUCACUGUUGAAAGUUUUUCCGAAGGUGGUGGUGACAAAUUAAAAAUUGAUAUAAAUGCUGAUCCUGAAUUAGUUGAAGGUGUUACCGGUGAUGCUAUCAGAGUAUUAAAGAAACCUAAUUACGAUCUUGUUGCUGAGCAAUUAAGUCAAUUGUACAAUAACUCCGAUAUCAAAACUCUCGCCUUAUGUUUAUUACACUCUUAUGCUUACCCUGAACAUGAAGCAAAGAUUGCAGAAAUUGCUAAGAAAAUCGGCUUCCUUGUUUCAGUCUCUCAUGAAUUACAGCCAAUGAUUGGAAUGGUGAAUAGAACUUCUUCAGUAGUUGCUGAUGCUUAUUUAUCUCCAGUCAUUACUGACUAUAUUCAAAAUUUUGGUUCAGGAUUUGAAGGUGGCUUAAACUCUUUUGGCAAUAAACUUUUAUUUAUGCAGAGUAAUGGUGGGUUAUGUCCAUGGUAUAAAUUCACUGGUUUGAAAGCUAUCUUAUCCGGUCCUGCUGGUGGUAUGGUGGGAUAUGGUGAAACUUGUUACAAUGGAAUCUCUAAAAAGGCUACAAUAGGUUUCGAUGCUGGUGGUACUUCAACUGAUGUUUCAAGAUACUCAGGUAACUUGGAACAUAUUUACGAAACCGUUGUAAGUCAAGUAAGUUUGCAGACCCCUCAGUUGGAUAUUUCUACAGUUGCAGCCGGAGGUGGCUCAAUGUUAUUCUGGAAAAAUGGUAUGUUUGUUGUUGGUCCAGAAUCAGCAGGAUCUGACCCUGGUCCAGCAUGUUACAGAAAAGGUGGUCCUUUAACUGUCACAGAUGCUAAUUUAUUUUUAGGUAGAUUAUUACCUGAAUACUUUCCUAAAAUAUUUGGUCCGAAUCAGGAUCAAUCAUUAGACUUUGAGUUAACAGCAAAGAAAUUUAAAGAGUUAAGUGAUCAAAUCAAUAAAGAUAAAGAAGACGGAAUUAAACUUACUCCUGAAGAGGUCGCAAGUGGGUUCUUAAAAGUUGCUGUUGAAUCUAUGGCAAGACCGAUUAGAAAUUUAACUGAAGCAAAAGGUUUCAAUGUCUCUGAUCACAAUUUAGCCUGCUUUGGUGGAUCAGGUGGUCAAUUCUCUGUUUCAUUAUCAAAAAAUUUGGGUAUCUCAGAUGUUGCAAUUCAUAAGUAUUCCUCAUUAUUAUCCGCUUAUGGUAUAUAUUUGGCCGAUAUUGUUAUUGAAAAACAAUCGCCAGCCUCUUUUGUUUAUGAAGACUUUAACUAUGCAAAUAUUGACUCAAAAGUAAAACAAUUAGUUGAAGCUGCUUACUUUGAUUAUGAAGAGCAAGGAUUGAAUGAACUUUCUACCAGGGUAGAAGUUCUUUUGAAUAUGAGAUAUGUGGGUUCUGAUACUCAUUUGUUGAUUCCAAAGGUUGAUAAUAUUGAAGACUGUGACAAAAAGUUCGUCGAAAGACAUAGAAACGAAUUCGGUUUUACAUUGGACAGAAAGGUUUUGGUUGAUGAUGUUCAAGUAUUGCUAAUUGUCGAAAGUACUGAUAGACAAACUCAUAAUCCAUACGAAGAAUUCAAUCAAUUAAAGACCAAAACUUUGAUCGAAAAGUCUAAAGUGAAUACGGAUAUUUACUUUGAAGGUUUCGGCUGGUUAAAGUCUACUGUUUUUCAAUUGCCAGAAUUAAGACUUGGUGAUAUCAUUGAAGGUCCUGCUAUUAUAAUUGAUGAUACCCAAACCAUUUUGGUUGAGCCAAAAUCUAAAGCUGCUAUUUUAUCCAGUCACAUUUUAAUUUUAGUUGAACAAGAAGAAAAACCCCAGUUGUCUACUUCUGUGGUUGACCCAAUUCAAUUAUCUGUUUUUGGUCAUAGAUUUAUGUCAAUAGCUGAACAAAUGGGAAGGACUUUACAACAAACUGCAAUUUCUACAAAUAUAAAGGAAAGAUUGGAUUUUUCCUGUGCUUUAUUUGACAGAAAUGGAGAUUUGGUUGCAAAUGCUCCACAUGUUCCGAUCCAUUUGGGUGCAAUGUCCUUCGCUGUUCAAGCUCAAAGAAAGCUUUGGGAUGGUAACUUACAAAAAGGCGAUGUUUUGGUAUCGAAUCAUCCUUCCGCUGGUGGUUCACAUUUGCCUGAUAUAACUGUUAUAACACCUGUUUUGGAUGACAAUAAUGAACCAAUAUUUUGGACUGCAUCCCGUGGACAUCAUGCAGAUAUUGGUUCCAUUUCUGCUGGGUCUAUGCCUCCAAAUUCUAAAACAAUUUACGAUGAAGGUGCAUCUAUUGUCACUCAUAAAUUAUGUUCCAACGGGAAGUUUGAUGAGGUUGGAAUCACUAGGUUGUUGCUUGAAGAACCGGCUAAGCAUCCAGGUGGAUCUGGUACUAGAGCGUUGAACGAUAACAUUUCUGAUUUAAAGGCUCAAGUAUCUGCAAAUUACAAAGGGAUUACUUUAUUGCAAAGAUUAGUUAAUGAGUUUUCAUACCCAGUUAUUGACUUAUACAUGAAAGCUAUUCAGUCAACUGCAGAACUCGCAGUAAGGAACUUAUUAAAGUUGGCUUACAAAAAAUUCGAAGGUAACGAUAUUCAAGCUGUUGAUUACUUGGAUGACGGUACUCCUAUUGCUGUGAAAAUUAAUAUUGAUGUUGAAACAGGAGAAGCAGUUUUUGAUUUUACAGAUUCUGGUGAUGAAAUUUACGGUAAUUUAAAUGCACCAAAAGCAAUUUUGUAUUCUGCUGUAUUAUACGUUUUAAGGUCUCUUAUUAGUAGUGAUAUUCCAUUGAAUAAUGGUUGUUUGAGACCAAUUAAAUUUAUUACAAGAGAAGGCUCGGUUGUGAAUCCUUCCUAUGAAGCUGCGGUUGUUGGUGGUAAUGUCGAAACAACCCAAAGAAUAGUUGAUGUCAUGUUGAAAGCAUUUGAAGCUGCUGCCGCUUCUCAAGGGACCUGUAACAACUUCACCUUUGGGAUAAAUGAUAAAGAAAACAGCAUUUCCUUUGGAUACUAUGAAACUAUAUGUGGUGGGUCUGGUGCAGGUCCAACCUGGGAUGGCCAAAGCGUUGUUCAAUGUCAUACUACAAAUACUAGAAUCACUGAUACUGAAAUAUUUGAAAAACGUUAUCCUGUCAUUUUACAUGAAUACUCCAUUAGAAAAGGGUCUGGUGGUGACGGUUUUCAUAAAGGUGGGGAUGGUGUUAUUCGUGAUAUUGAAUUCACUUAUCCUUCUUUAGAAGUAUCUUGUUUAAUGGAAAGAAGAUCAUUACCUCCGUUUGGUUUAUUAGGAGGUGAAUCGGGUUCAAGAGGUCAAAAUUUCUGGUAUAAAAAGUCAACCACAGAACCAGAGAAGUAUACAAGAAAGUUCCUCGGGGGCAAGACUACAGUGAAGAUCAAUAAAGGUGACCAUAUUAUCAUCAUGACUCCAGGUGGAGGUGGAUAUGGACCCAAGACACUUGUAGAUCAAGUUGAAAAUUCCAAGGCAGAUAUCAAUUACCCAAUCACUAGUAGUCAGCCUAGUAUCUUGACUGGAUCUGCCGCUAUGAGAAAUAUCAUACAAGAAACCAAUUAAUCAUAUAUAUAGGCUUUUGAAUAAUAUUUACCUUAAAAUAUUAGUAGUCGAAUUAAAGAA